AAUGUCAACUUUCAUAUUUCUUACAAGCAAGUAAAAACAAGUUGCUGUUUAUACAUUUAAUUUUAAAGCUUUUUCUCAAUGUGCAUCUAAAAUAAUUGUGAAGUACAUUUUACACAAUCCGCUUUUAUGGAUAAACCAUUAAGUAAUUACUAGCAGAUUGUGCUUGUUUAAGCUUUGUUUUAAACAAAAUUAUUGUUUUUGAAAAUGAAUAAAUUUGGUACAUCACCGUCUUUUAAAAAUCUAAAGUCCAACAAAAUACAAUCUCCAGUACAAUUAAAAGAGAAGAUAAGAAAAGAUUAUAAAAACAACUUGAAAACAUGUCGUGAAAAACUCUUAAACAGAAUUCGUGGUGUUACUGAGGAAGCUGAUCUUCGUGUGACAUUAACUGAUAUUUACAAUAAUACAUUUAACAAUUUUAAGAAAGAUGAUAUUGAAAUUGAACAAUUAACGGAUAUUGAAGAAACGAAAAUAUUGGACGACAUUAAAAAUGAACUAAUACAAAAUGAAUUAGAUUGGUGGAUUGAAGAAUAUGAAAAAUCACAAAGUGACAAUAUUGACUGGUCUGCAAUUCAAAAAGAUGACACUGUGAUAUGUUUACUGUGUCAAAAAAACAACUUUACUCUUGUUAAUAACUGCUUAUCAUGUUCAUUAUGUAAUACUGAAAUUAAGACAGAAAUGUCAUUAGCAAAUAUUAAAAAACAUAUUAAUGAAAGUUUAGAAAGGCACAGUAAUGUCUGUAAUGGCAGUGUGCAAUUUAUGUCAGUUCCAGAGUCCUGUAGUGUCCAUGUUUACCUUUUUUGUGAAAGUUGUAUGGACAUGCAAUUUAUUGUUUAAUAAUAUUUUUUGUUUCUGAAGUUUAACAAACAAAUGAAAGGAUUUUUUCUAUUUCUUUUAGUUACUUUGUUAUAAUUGUUUUAUGUUAACAUUAUUUUAUUAAUUUGCAUGAAUCUGAUUGAUAAAAUAAUGAUAUUUAUUUGGGAUCUGACAUAUUAUAUAGUGUUAGUAAUGCCAUCUGGUGGUCUAAAUAGACUUAUUCAGGCUUCAUUAUUAGUCUUGGAAUUUAUAAACAAUAACCUAAAAUUGUCACACAGUUUUUUCUUUUGGCAGAUCCCAAUAGAAACAUAAUUGUUUUGAUGUGAUGUAUUGUGAUAAAAGUAUGAUUAUAUUUUUUUUAAUAGGA